AUGUCAGACUCCGACUCGGCCCUCAAAAUUUUUGACUGUGGCAAAAAUAUCCGACUCCAACCGAUUCCGACCGAUUCCAACCGACUCCAACCGAUUCCGACCGAUUCCAACCGACUCCAACCGAUUCCAACCGAUUUCGACUCGGACACUCUAAAAUGGGGAAUCAAUCCAGAUCAGAGGAAGAAUGUGUGCUGUUUCCACCAAUGCGAUCAUUUGAACCUCAAAUCGUUGGGUGAUCGGGCAAUUCAUAUUGAAAUGACAAUUCGAGUAGUAGGUAUAACGAGUAAUGUCAUUGAUGUGCCGAAUGAAAUUGAAACGAUUGCUGAUUAUUACACCAAGAUCUUUAAUGUGCUCAAGAGGAUUUAA